AUGGCGGAACGGAAAGUGCUAAACAAGUACAUCCCCCCGGAUUUCGAUCCGGACAAAUUAACGGAAAGCAAAAAAUUGAUGAGAAAAAUAGAAAAGAAAAAGAACAAGAGCAAUAAGUAUAACAGGAAGAAGAAACAUUUUUUAAACAUCAGAAUGAUGUACCCCUUCACACUCAAGUGUAGCAAAUGCAAAAGUUUCACGUACGUUGGAACGAAAUUCAAUUCCAGGGUUGAAAAAUUAAGAGACGAAAGUUACUUGAACAUUCCAAUUUGGCAAUUUUAUGGAAAAUGCUUUGAGUGUAAAAAUGAAAUUAUUUUCAAAACGGAUCCAAAAAAUGGAGACUAUAUUUUAAUAGCUGGAGGAAUAAGAACAUAUGAUGCACACAAGGAGCAGGAAAUUGCCGAUGAUUAUUAUCGGGAAAAUAAUCUCAUCAAGGAGGAAGAUAAAGUGAAGAACAAAGAAAAGGAAUCCUACAAUGCUCUGCUGGAAUUAAAAACAAAUGAACAAUUGGAGGAAUUGAAAAAUAUGAACAGAAGACACAUGGACAAAUUUAACAGCAUCAAUAAGGCACUAGAUAAAUUGUACGAAAAGAGCGAAAUGAAAAAUAAUAAAAAUAAUUUUUUUAUGAACAAUUUAGAUUCGGAAGAUGAAAAGGCGUUUUUCACUUUGCUUCGCAAAAGUAGGGCUGCCGCAGAUCAUCCCGAGGGUGCACCAACGGGGUCGGUGGGGGGCCAGGACGACAUCGUCAUAGAGGAGGAGGUGUUAGAAGAGGAAGCAGGCCCAGAGAACAGUGACUCCCAAAAUGAUGAUUCACAUGAGAGCGAUGUUCAUAACAUCAACUGCGACAAAAGCGCCAGAGAUGACACAUUGCAAAGGAGCCCCCCAUGUAACAAGGAAGAAAUUUCGGUGAAUGUCAAAAAAAAGCAUAUUCAUAGUGACGAAGCGGGAGAAGCAGGCAUGGAAGGACCGAUAAAGGUACGGAGAACAAACCAAGUGAGUACCGAUGGCGUGGAAGGAAAGGAAGGGACAAUGGCCAAACCCAGAAUCAGCAUUUUUAAAAGCCGCCUAUCAGAGGUAGGUACCGCACAAUGUGCGAAAAAAAACAAUUUCGAAAAGAGUUACAACUUUGUCAUUAAAAAGAAGGAGAACCUUUCGAGCAUUCUUAAUGAGUACAAUUCGGAUAGUGAUGGUAAUUCCGGUGGUGCAAGUAGUUAA